GCAUCUUUAUGUAAAUAAGGCGGAAGGAGCGGAGAUCUUACAGGAAGAAGACACCAAAGUUUGGUGUUUAUUUGUUUCAUCUGUUGAAUUUCUCUUCAGUUUAACUUCAGUCCUGACAAACAUCUUCAUGUUGUUCUUCCUGCAGUAUGGAGCUGUGUUACUGCAGAUAUGAGCCUUUAGGAGAGCACUAACCUCGAACAGAAGCUCGUUUUUGGUGAGUUUAAGUUGAUAUUCCCGCUCAGUCAUGAUGAACUAACAUGAUUUUUUAUAAUGAGUUUAUUUAAUUCAUUUUAAUCACUAACUGUUCACUGAAUUAACGCUUUAGUACGAGAAAUCACCUGUAAAAACAUUGGAGUAAAAAUGCAUCUGUGUUUGUUUCUUUAGUUUGUCACUUUUCGGGUUCGUCUGAACAGAUUUUUACAGUUUUGUUAAACUUUAAAUGAUAAUAUAAUAAAGUUGAACGUACUGAUAAACAUUAUAAAGUCCAACAAAGAGUCCAGUCUGCUGGUUCUGCUGUGGAGAGACUGUCACGAGUUUUUCAGUCUUCAUGAAGCAACAAGAAGAAACAAGUUUGACUAUUUUUAACACAAGAGACCAACAACUGCUGCUGUUACUAUUAUUAUUAUUAUGAUUAUGAUUAUUGUUGUUGUUGUUGUUAUUAUUGCUAUUAUCAUUAGCCAACAAGAAGAAACAUGUUUGACUAUUUUUAACACAUGAGAGCAACAACAGCUGCUGUUACUAUUAUUAUUAUUAUAAUUAUUAUUAUUAUUAUCAUUAUUAUUAGCCAACAAGAAGAAACAUGUUUGACUAUUUUUGACCUUCAGGAAUUCACACAUGAGAACGACCACAGCUGCUGGGAGGGGAAAACCCUGGGGUGGGGGGAUUAUGGGAGCUGUUUAUUUACUACUACUACUGCUACUACUACUAUUAUUAUUAUUAUUAUUAUUAUUAUUAUUAUCAUUAGUAGUAGUAGUAGUAGUAGUAGUAGUAGUAUAGUAUUAUUAGUAUUGUUAUUAUUAUCAUCAUCAUUAUUAUUAUUAUUAUUAUUAUUAUCAUUAUUUUUCAGUUAAGUAUUUGUUGUGGCUGGGACGAUAUGUUUUUCUCCUGAUUUGAUUCUUCUACGAUUUUUCUAGAUGCCGAUUCGAUUUAAAUUGCGAUUCUACAAUAUUGUCAAUUUUCUGCAUUUGUAACUCCAGUGAAACAGUUAAAUUAUUAUGAUUAUCUACUGACUAUUCCAGGAACCACAUUUCCCCCCAAAUUAAACAUCAAAUAAGAGUCAUUUUUUAAGAUUCUUAUUCUUAAAUUUGAACAAAAAAAAUCAAUCUAAAAAUUGUAAAACAAAAAUUUGCAAUAAUCAUGUGAAUCGAUUUUUUUUUCUCCCACCCUAGUAUUUGGGUCCCUAACAAUAUUUGAAAUAUUUGUCUGAUUUUAUUGAUGGGUGGAUGGGUAAAUAUGUGGAAAAAAGAAAUUAAAAAGUGAGAAAUUUAACCUUAAAAUUAAAUUUGUAUAGAAGUUAAAACUGAACUCGUGCAAAUAUUAAACUUCACUAAUAUUUUACACUAAAUGAAAUAUAUGUUUAUACAUAAUUCUCUGUGUAGUUGUUGACAGACAAGAAAUCAGUAGAAAUUCAGAGUCGCUCUUAUAAGAACAGUGGAUCUGUUUUGUGGGUGUAAACCACAUUCACAUGGUGCACUGAUGGGUCUUUGUCUGUGUUUGAUUAAAUUGAGUCAUUAGAUUGUUUCUAGUCACCACAGUAAUGUGAAUCACAGUUGGAAACAGUUUCCUGUGUGUCUGGAAAAAGGUCGUAAUGUAAAAGCCUUUAUUCAAAUUUAAAUUUAACUUUAUUUUUAUGGAACUUUUCAGACAAAAAAUUCUUCACAGAGGCAAAAAACAACAAUUAACAACAAUAAAACUCGACCCUACCACCCACAAACACACACACACAGACACACAUCCUCACAUACACACACACAAAUGCACACAGUGUGAGAAUUUAAGAUAUAUUGUUAAAGAGACAUGGCCUGACACAGAGACAUUACAGGAGGAAAGAGCUGCCUUUAGGAAACACUGGAGAUAAAAGUAAAGAGUAAAACCUGAUGGACUAAAACAAUAAAUUAAUAUUAAAUGAACAGAUAAGUUAGAGCUCUUUACCAAAUAAAAAUGGGUAAAAGAAGUAAAAACUUCUAUGAUGGGAGUUAAGAAAAAGACUAAGAACAGAGAUAAUUAAUAAAAUGACAUAAAAUAAACAUUAAAACUGAUUUAAAAUGAACAUUUGUAAUAAAAGAAAUAUAAAAAGGCAGUUAGAGUUUUGAGCCUCUUCUUCAAAACUCGAUCAUUUUAAAAAAGACUCAUUAUGUCAAAUAAAGACUGAAGUUUUGAUCUGAGGAUGUCUGACAUGUUGGUGUUUCAGCGUUUUAUAAAGAAAUCGUUUGAGAUGAAAAAAUCACGAGUCUUCGUUUUUUCGUGUCCACAGGUGUUUGUUUUUCUUCGGAGCUGCAGGUAACAGACGAGCAGGAAGAUGGCCAUCGCUCACGUGGCCACAGAGUACGUCUUCAGUGAUUUCCUGCUGAAAGAUCCCAGCCAGGCGCGGUACCGCAGCGUCCGCACUGAGCUGGCCGUGGACAAGAUGGUGACGUGUGUGGCGGUGGGACUGCCGCUCCUCCUCAUCUCUCUGGCUUUCGCUCAGGAAGUCUCAGUCGGUGAGUGGCGGGAAAGAGUUUGACGUGCUCUCUUUAAACCAAUGAAAAGCUGAUUUUAGUUUUCUUCUGAUUUACACGAGUUAAGGUUUGACCUCUGUGUUUGUGAGUCUGACAGUCAGACGUUUUGUAAAAUGACCUUUGACCCUUAAACUUUGAAUAAAAGGCUCCAAACUGAUAAUGAUCCUUCAGUCAGCGAGCGCUCGGCUCUGUCGUCCAGUUUCUACCUCUUCCUGUCGUGUUUCUUGGUGUGUCAGCUGUUUUUGUUAACUCUGUGUGUGUGUGUGUGUGUGUGUGUGUGUGUGUGUGUGUGUGUGUGUGUGUCUCAGGUACUCAAAUCAGCUGUUUUGCACCCACUAAUUUCUCCUGGAGGCAAGCAGCAUAUGUGGACUCCUACUGCUGGGCAUCAGUGCACACACACACUCUACCUCUAUGGCUGCACAAGGUACACACACACACACACACACACACACACACACACACACACACAGUCAUUCUCUCUUCAUGUUAAAGGUGUUGUAGUCAGGAUCUGAGUUAGUUCCAGUUUUUAGGAGAAAUCUUGAAUGUAAACUCUACCCCUCCAACCAGUUUUCCCCUCAGCUCCUCCUCUCCCCUCCCUCUCUUAAGCCCCGCCCACAAACAGACGCUCCUGCUCGCUCGUAUCGUUCCAGUUAAAUUCAGAUAUAAUGCAGAUAAAUCCUUCAGAUCAUUACAAAUGGGGCCCAGUCAAGGUGAAAGUCAAAAGCAUUGGUGCUACUGUAGAUGCCAACAGACUACCAGCAAACACAAUGUUUGCAGGACUUCUACAACGAGGAUAAAGUGACAUAGUCCAGGACCCGAGGGAGGACAGUUUAGCGAUGGCGCUACAACACGCUACAGCAGGUCCGUUUGACAAGAAACACUUCUGUUACAGACACUUGUCUUACUUUGUUAAAGCGGUUUACCUGUCCAGCAGAAAGGUUACAGGGUCACCAAGAUCCCCAAGCGUCCCCCAUGGUUUAUGUUGACCCGGCUUUUUAGCUCUUGUCCGGUCUACCUCCGUUUUAAGCGCCCGUUAUUCCUCCAGAGUCUCCGGUAUUUACUUUGUUUUCUUGCUUGUGUCGGCAGUCGUGGCCAAAGGAGGAUUCAGACAAUUUUCCGAACUUUCUGGUUGGUUUCUACUGUCCGAUAUUGUAGCACGCUAACUUUGUUUGGGCUCCUGAACGACACGGGGGAGCAGCAUUUUCUUGUUGACUGUUUUCUUUUUGACCGGUUUGGUGUUGACUGUUUAUGGUUGACUGUUUUCUUGUUGACCGGUUUGGUGUUGACUGUUUAUAGUUGACUGUUUUCUUGUUGACUGAUUAUAGUUGACUGUUAUCUUGUUGACUGUUAUCUUGUUGACUGUUUUGGUGUUGACUGUUUAUGGUUGACUGUUUUCUUGCUGACUGUUUUUUGUUGACUGUUUUGGUGUUGACUGUUUAUGGUUGACUGUUUUCUUGUUGACUGUUUUCUUGUUGACUGUUUUUUGUUGACUGUUUUCUUGUUGACUGAUUAUAGUUGACUGUUAUCUUGUUGACUGUUUUGGUGUUGACUGUUUAUGGUUGACUGUUUUCUUGCUGACUGUUUUUUGUUGACUGUUUUGGUGUUGACUGUUUAUGGUUGACUGUUUUCUUGCUGACUGUUUUUUGUUGACUGUUUUGGUGUUGACUGUUUAUGGUUGACUGUUUUCUUGUUGACUGUUUUCUUGUUGACUGAUUAUAGUUGACUGUUUUCUUGCUGACUGUUUUCUUGUUGACUGUUAUCUUGUUGACUGUUUUCUUGCUGACUGUUUUCUUGCUGACUGUUUUUUGUUGACUGUUUUGGUGUUGACUGUUUUGGUGUUGACUGUUUUGGUGUUGACUGUUUUCUUGUUGACUGUUUUCUUGUUGACUGUUUUCUUGCUGACUGUUUAUGUUUGAGUGUUUUCUUGCUUGUGUCGGCAGUCGUGGCCAAAGGAGGAUUCAGACAAUUUUCCGAACUUUCUGGUUGGUUUCUACUGUCCGAUAUUGUAGCACGCUAACUUUGUUUGGGCUCCUGAACGACACGGGGAGCAGCGUCUGCCUCACAACCAAUCAGGUUAGAGGAGGUGGAGAACGGCUUUGUUUACAGUCAGAAAGAGCGGACCGCUCAAAAAUGUUCAAAUGUUGACGACACAGACAUAAGAGAACACAGAGAUAUCGAUAUAUUACCAAAUGUCAUCAAUAACUAAUAACUAUUGACUGAUAUUAGAAGAUUAUUUGUUUAUAUAAUCACUAAAAUAAAAAGAUGUUUCUUUAACAGAUUCCUGUCUAAACAUGAAAACCUUCCGAUCUCACACUGAAACAGUAAAGAGUUAACUCUUCUGACACUGCGGCGGUAAAACCAGCUGGAACACAUGAAGCUUUUGUCUUGUGAUUUUUUUUGUUCCUGUGGUCGACGACGUUCGGGGUUAAAAACUUUGUGGUUGGGUUAACCAGAGCCUCCAGUGCAGUGAUGGUGGGUGUGAGUCUCUUUCCCAACUUAAACACAUCCGUCUGUUGUGGCACGAGACGAUCACAAGAAUCUCAGUGUCGAAACAGCAAACGGCACAUGAAGAUGAAGCGCAGAGACUCAUGGAGGAAAAUCAAAAACACUUGAGUUUGACAGAGGAUUAAACUUCCUUUAAGAUCAUUAUAUCAUCUACUAAACUAAUAUACUGUACACACAUGAGAGUCACCUUAUUCAGAGAAACAACAGUGUUUUUUUGUAUGAUGGGGUACAGUGAGAAGAAUGAACGUGGUUAUAUUUAGAUCUCCUUUCUGAGGAUUUAUAGAGGUUAUUACCCUGAAGUUAGUUUCCAUAGAGUCAGUUUAAAACUGUAACAGACUGAUCCUGUGAGCCCUGAGACAGCUGUCACUCACCUGAAGGUUCCACCUGAGUUCAGGUUUCAUGGAUGUUCUAACAGGGUUGAACGUUUCCUCCUCCUGCUCCCGUCUCUCUGCAGUUCUUCCCCUACAUCCUGCUGCUGGUCGCCGUGAUGAUGUACACGCCGGCGUUAUUCUGGAGAUUUUCUGCGGCGCCGCUCCUGCAGUCGGACCUCAGCUUCAUCAUGGAGGAGCUGGACCGGUGCUACAACCGUGCCGUGACUCUGGCCAAACGCAUGACCACCUCAGGACUGCUCACCCCAGACAGGUGCGACGGAAACGCCGAUUAGCAGAGAGGCGGUCGGGAUGAGACAGACGAAAAGUUAUGGAGGUCGAUCUGAGAAGGGAGAUGAUCACAGUUCAUCACAGAAAUCAAUCAAUCAAUCAAUCAAUCAAUCAAUCAAUCAAUCAAUCAAUCUUUUUUUAUUUGUAUUGUACUUUUCAUACAAAAACAAUGGAGCACAAAAUUUUUUACACAACAGAGGAACAAAAGAAAGGAAACACAAAUCUACACAACCGCUCAUUCAAGAUAAGGAAACACUGGAGGUUUAAAAUCUAAAAACCAGAGACUGUAUCUAGAAUAGACGCCGUCUGCCUCCUCUCUGUGAGAACAGCGCCCUCUGGUGACGGGCUGCAGUAUAGGUCAUAAACCCCGCCUCCUUAUGGAGCUGUGGACAAACUUUAUAAAUGAAUGACACAGAAUAUAAAUGUUUCUCCCCCCUGGUUGUGAUGUUGACAUGUAGUUACUGUCAGACUGGUUUGUGCUCAAGUCCUCUUUUUUCUGUACAGCUCCAUUUUUAAAAGUUAUUAGGGGGUUCAUGUUUUCUAUGAUUGACACCUGAUACAGCCAAUGGGAGGACAGGGAUUGAGUAGAUCACCGGGGGAUACGCUGCUGCACAAUGUCGGUUUCAGGAAGUGGAGAAAAAACGCAGAAAUACUGAAAACUUUUCAGCUUCAAAUCUGUAAACAAGCAGAAGGCAGAACUAAGUUGUCCAGAGUAAAUACAGUUUAUGCUAAAAACUAAGUAACAUAAAAUGAAAUGAAACCAACAGUAAAGAUACUAAAAUAAAAACACCAAAAUAGCUCAAUAAAAGACGAUCCUGUCGUUAAAACUAGAAAGAGAUAAAUGUUGAAACACUCAAAGUUAAUGGUUUAAAAUGUAGUUAAAAGGUUUGUUUUCAGUUUGGUUUUAAAGUCAUUAAGAUGAACCUGAAGUCGAGCAGAGAAGCAGAGAGAGAUCAGGUUUACUGUUGACUCAGAUCUUAUGACGGUAAAAGUCCGCCCUCCUAAACUCUGGUUUAAGUUCUUCUAAACCACCAAACAAACAAAUUCACCAUGAGGUUGUUGUUCCACUGAAGGAGGAGUCUAGACCUGUGAACUGAUCGAGGUCUGAGCUCUCCUGUUAGGGUCCGACCUGCAGUCUCUAACCUGUCAGCUGCUGCAACAACCAGGUAAACAAACAUCAGCUGACUGUUGGUGGUUAUCAGCUGAUGAAGUUCUCCUCCCUCUCUGAGACGGUUUAAACUUUAGUUUGGUAGAUGUCUGCUCUCAUUGUUCAGACUGUCUCUGUUAUUGGAAAGGAUCGAUCACACCGACUUCAUGGUUUGAUUUUCCUCCCUCUCUCCCCCGUCCAGUGACCCCACUGAGGGCUGUUUUAACUACCCACUGGUGGAGAAGUUCCUGAUGACCAAGCGCUGCUCGCGGACGCUGCUCUUUUACUACCUGCUGUGUCGCAGUUUGACUCUCGUCACCCUGCUGUGCGCCUGCGUCUACCUGGGCUACUACCUCCGCCUCGCCUCCCUCACGGACGAGUUCGGCUGCUCGCUGCGCGUCGGCCUGCUCGCCGAUGACCCGGGGGUCCCUGACAAGGUGCAGUGUAAGCUCAUCGCCGUGGGAGUCUUCUCUUUGCUCAGGUAUGAUGUCACCAAACGGAGGUAGUUUACCGCCGCGCGACGACAGACGGAUCAGGUCAUGAGUUAGAACUGGUCCCGCUUAAUUAAAUCCCCCGUUACCAUGGUUACGGUCUCUCGUUGAUUGUUGUUUGUUUCUCUCUGAAUUGUGUUUCCCGGAGUUUACAUUCGUGUCACCCGUCUGACCUGAACCCCUGACCUUCUGUCUCCCAGCCUCGUCAACCUGGUCCUGUUCAUCGGACUGGUUCCUGUGGUUUUUUACGCCAGUCUCCGCCCCCUCUUCUGUCAUGGGUACGCCCGCUUCCUGGAAAUCUACCAAUCGCUGCCCACUGUGGGCGUCCUGCCCAGUCCUGCUGGCCAAUGGGAUGAUCUGGCUCUGUAUCUGCUCUUCCUGGAGGAGAACAUCAGUGAACUCAAGUCCUACAGAUACAUUAAGGUUUGUUCGUGUUCGCAGAUCCAUCGAUCAGAAGGACGAUUCUUACUGUUAACUCGAUUUUAGAUUACUAUUACUUUAGCUUUUGUGUCACGUUGUGGUUUUUUUGUGGCCAGUAGGGGGCAAAGUCCCCCGCUUUUUUCAGUAAGUGAAAUCAUUUUUGGUGAGGAAAUUCAAUUUAUUUUUUUAAUAUUUUAAAAAAGUUUUUUCCGCUAAACUUCUGGAAGGUCAAAGAUGCUCAGAUGUUGACAGAUUUACUACCCUGUGGCUGUUUUUGUCCACUGACUUUAUCUGCUGUAAAAACAAACCAGAUAAAGAAUUUUUUCAUUUUUUUUCUUAAAUCUCUUCAUCGAUCUCAGUCCUUAUCAUAACAUUUAUUAUUAUCCUUAUUUUAUUAUGACAUUUAACCCUUUAAAUGCCACAUUCAGAGGUGAUUUGAGUAAAAUCACAUUAUAUGACAAAUUUUUGAUAUCAAAGUGAUCAGAGGCUGAGGAGGUUUUACCUGCUGUCACACCUGUGGGUAUGUCAAAUAUCAGCAACAACAUUAACUUUGACGCAUUUUUAUUUUUUCAAAGCAUCAGGUUUACAUUUUUUUAACCCCGUUUUGGCCUUUAGUGGCUGUUUAAAACUUUAACUUUAGCUGCUGUAAAAACAUAUCAGGUAAAUAUUUUUUCUUUUUUUUUCUUACUCCAGAUCAAAAAUAUUGAAUAUAGCAUCAAAUAUUUAAUAUUUUCCACAGCUGUGCAGUCAUAAAAAUGUGGUUAUAAUGGGAGUCAAUGGGGAGUAAAACCUAAAAUCUGAUGCUGUGCAUCAAAGUCAAUGUUGUCACUAAUAUUUGACAUGACCAAGAUUGUGAUAGCAAAUCUACAUCCUCUAAACAUUUUUUAAAUAAAAAUCAGUCAUUUUGUGUUUUUUUUCCCCCUCAAAUCAGUGACAUCACCUCUGAAAGUGGCAUUUAAAUGGUUAAAAUCAAUAUCUAUUUCUAAAGAUUCAGUAUUUUUAUCAGGACUGAGUUUGAUGAAGAGAUCUGAGAAAAAAAAUCUCUUUGAAAUGUUUUUCCAGCAGCUAAAGUUAGAGGACAAAAACAGCCAGAGGAGGAUGAAAGCGUGUAAAAGGGUUCAGAAGGGCACAGAAGGGUUAAAUUAAAGAUGAUAUUUCCACAACAAAGCGAACAGCAGUAGACGGUCUGGUCGUGAAGCUGACCUCCAGUCCUCCUCCUGCUCUUGUUUUCCUGACGUCAGGUGUUGGAGAUGUUGAAGAGAAGGGGCAGCUGCACCUCUGAAAACUUUGACGCCAUGGGUCUGCUGCAGACUCUCUGCCUGGUGAAGAUGGACACUGUGGACGGGAAGAGACCUCCGAGUUCUGCAGGAAAACAGGAUCAAGUCCAAACCAACAACACAGACUACGCUAGCAGCUCCCAGGCUGCUGACACUGGAGCAGGUCCGAAAAUCCAGAACCAUCAGGGUACUGAGAUGAAGGGUGAGUCCAGAGAGGACGGACAGUCCGAAGUUCAGUCUAAGAUGGAUCAGUGUGGUUCCGACUGAGUCUUUGUCCUAAAGUCAUAACAAACUUGUAAAUCCUGUAUAUUUAUCCUGUGUUGGUGUAAAAUGAGUUUUAUUUUGAGGAGAUGUGGAGCGAUGAGUCAGGACGAACAUGAAAGUGUGUGACGACGGUGAGAAUCAUCUCAGUCUGAUCAGACCUGUUUCCUGAUCCUGGAUCCUAUCAUUAAAAUCAAGUGUUUUCAUCCGAUUCACAAAAAGAGGUCCCACACAAAAACAAUCUGAAAUUUCUUCUUAUUCAUUUAUUGAAAGAAAAAGAUUCUAAAACAAAUGAGAUUCUCAAAUAAACUCUGAUUUCACCAGCGAGCUGCACCUCCGAAAAUGGGAGUGACUCUUUCCUUGAACAUUCAGAUGAAUCCCUCGCCGGUGAAACAGAGAAUGUUUCUGCUGCAGAUCUCUGAGGUUGAAGAUUCAGCCUCAGCAGCAGGUUCAGAUUUACUAAUAAAGACAGAGACAGUCGUGUCUGUCCCUGCUGCUCGUCUUUUCUACUCCAGCUCCUGAAGACGUAACAUCGCUAAAGUCAGUCAGUUCACUCACUGCUGUUUUUAUUCCAGUUUUAGCUUCUCAUGUUUGUUCGCUCCUGUAGAUGUUCACUAACUUCUCACUCACGCUGAGUCAUCUCUUUUCAGAACUCCAUCCUCUGCUCUCAGAAACCAGCGACGGUACGAGAAACUAAGGCGGUGAGGGAGGGGCUCUCCAACAACGAGUCAUGUGAUCAACUGUGUACGGAGGUUUUUAAAGUGACAUUAACGAGCAUUAACACAUCUGAAUGAAGUGACGCAGUGAGAGAGAGAGAAGCAGCACCUGAACCUGACCGCAGUCACCCUCCGUGAUGUUGAACCGAACAGACAGAGACGGUCUCCUCCUCUGUGGAUUUCUGGGAAAUAGACUGUACAUAAUUAUAUCACAAGUUUCUGGAUAUCUUUUUAAUAAGGAGACGAUUCUCAAAGACAGAUUUGUCAGAGUGUAAAGAUCAUUUCUUUGUUUUAUUGCUCCUGUACUGAGAAACUUUCCUUGGUGUUUGUGUCGGUGCAGUUUGUAAAGUUAUUUGCUGCUUUAAGUAGGACAGUAUUUGGAGUAAGUGGGAAUGCCAGCUUUAGUUUUAUUUUCUCUCAUAGACUGUAUAAAAGGAGUGGAUGACGCCUUAAAACCUCAAACACAGAAACGUCUCAAAUCUCUAAAUGGUGUCAGAUUAUAAAGACGUCUCAGAGGAAAUCAAACCGUCUCUCUAAAGUCUGAAAAACCAAAAACAGUGCAUGGUUUUAGAGUUUUAGAUGUUCUCCAAUACAAAAUGAUUUUCAUGAAGUCAGUGACGGCUCUACGUAAACUCAACCAGGUCGUAAAGUUCGGUUCGUAGUUCGGUGCUUCUGCCUUGUGGUCGACCCUGAUUCCAGCUCCACGUCAUCCCUGCUGUCCAAGUGUUUUUAACAAGAUGGUGAAGGCUGUCAAAACAAGAGCCACACACACACACACACACACACACACACACACACACGCCUCAUCCACUUUUUUUAGACACAGUCUGUGGUCCCACUCUUCAUGUUUAAGGGUCUGAACCUGUGGGGAUACAUGCAUUUGCACUUGGGAGAGUCUGAGGGUGUGUGUGUGUGGGGGGGUUACCGAUGAAUGAGGAGGUCCUUCUUCGGUGUUUCAUCUGUUCAUGUUGAUUUUUGUGUAAAGUGAUUUGAAACGGCAGCUAGAACAACAUCCUUUGGUCACAAAAUCACGAUUCCUCAAACUGUUUGGGAUUUCCUGUAAAAACUGGACGUGUCUCAUUUCUGUUGUCAGGAUGGUUCUCUUAAUUAUCUGCUCAUCAGCAAACAGCCUUUAAAUGUUCAAAGAAAGGGUCGAACGUGUGUGUCUUUAGUGUUAAAAUCUUCAGUGGUGAUCAGUGAAAACCUCAGCUCAGACCUGCUUUGGUGUCUGUCGGUUUUUUCAUGUUUUCUAACCUGGAGAUGAUCUUCAGCAUCUCGGACCUCUGCCUGCUUCUGUGUCCUGCUCUGUGGUGAGCUUUGUAGUAAACUUGAUGUGGUAAAAUCUCAUUUUUAUGACUCUCUUUGUAAACUCGUUUCUUUGGUUCACGUGAAUGUUAACAUGUAUUACUGUGCAGUCCAGGACAGACAGCAGAGAUUAGAUUUGGUGAGCUGCUGUCGUACAUCUCAAACUGACAUUUGGUGAUCGAGACACUUUUAGGAUUAUUGCCAAAAUAAAAGUGUUUGAAUGGUGCAUGUGGUGAGAUGAUUUCCAAUAAGAUAUCUUUAUAUCUCUUUAUAUGGUUGAAGAUUCACAGUUUGACUGUGAGGUGGGGGUAUGUGCAGCAGGAGAAGGAAGGCGGUUCUGUUUGUUCAAGUAAAACAAGAAAGUUAAAGUAUCAGUGGUUUAGUUUCACUCUAUAAAGAGGCGCUCGGGAACUCCACAGGGGGCCUUUUAAAGUCCAGCAUGAAUUUGAAACUUUUUCACAAUAAAUUUUUGUCGUAUCUGA